UUAUCUAGAAGUUGGGUUACGUGGGAAAUAAAAAAUUGUGUAGAUUUAUUUUGUAAUUUUAAUAUUUGAUAACGAAUUGAUGAACUGUCAGAUACAGAAAGAGAUAAGAUAGUGUUGAGGGCAAACGAACGCUUUGUCUGCUUUGAAAGCAGUGUUAGUCAAAUAAAAACAAAGUAAACGCGAUGACGAUACUCGCAGCAGAAAAAGAAGUAAUUUCGACUUCAAAAUAUGGUUUUAAAGUGAAGUUGAAUCACGUAUACCCCGAAAACAGAUCCCAGAAUUACACUCCGACCCUUAGGGUGAUAUGGAGCAUGUUACCUCUCAUUUUAAGGUAUAUAUGGUAUUAUAUCGUCUACAAGCUGACUGGAAAGUCAAUUGUGAUGGAUUACGUAGAGGUGCAGAAAGCAAAACAAAUUUAUGGUGUCCCAAUUGGGGGGAUAGGCUGUGGUAGUAUAGGUAGAGGGUACAGAGGGGAGUUCUGUCGAUUUCAGUUGAAACCUGGCAUAUACGAGUUUAAUACUGUGGACGCUAACCAGUUUAUUGUCACGAUAAAAGACGAACAUCAGGAAACGAUUUUGCACAGCUUGCUGUCCACAUUUCCAAAGAAAGGUCUGAAAGCUUGGAAGAGCUUCAUAGACGGCAGCAAAUGCUCUUACACGGGGUUAUAUCCGAGGGCGUGGACGGAAUACGACUUGUCGGAAUAUGGGAUCAAGCUUACUUGCCGGCAGAUAAGCCCUGUCAUACCCCAAAAUUACAACGAUAGCUCGUUGCCCUGUGCGGUAUUCGUGUGGAAUGUAGAGAACGUGUCCAGUCACGAACGUACAGUCACCAUAGCGUUCACUUUCAAAAACGGCACCGGAACCAAAAAAACCGACCGAGCCUCGACCAGCAGCUCCAAGUCCUUUUCCUACUUACACACGGAGGGGGUCGUGCUCUACCACACCAUCGACAAGAUGCAGUGCGCCUACGCCCUGGCCGUCAGGCCGGACAACGGCUUGAAGAUAUCCCGCUGCCUCUACUUCGAUCCCAACUCGGACGGCACCAAGCCGUGGAUACAGCUGAAGAACAACGGGUGCUUCGACAAGAUCACCGACAGCAGCCACGGUCACGUGUUCGGCGAGAUGGGGUGCGGCAUCGCGGCGAGGCGUACCCUGAGACCGUCGCAGGGCGGCGAGACGGUCAUGAGCCUGGUGUGGGACAUGCCGACGGUGAGUUUCCCCGGGAAGGGGAGGAAGUACAACAGGUUCUACACGGAGAGGUUCGGGAGGGAGAACGCCACGUUGAAGAUGGUCGAUUACGCGUUCAAGAACUACGCCAUGUGGGAGAAGGGCAUUCACGAGUGGCAGAAGGGCGUUUUAAAUGACAGUACACUUCCGGACUGGUACAAGUCGGCGUUGUUUAACGAGACGUAUUACAUAAGCGACGGCGGUGGCGUGUGGUUGUCGUUGAACGAGGACGAAGCAGAGACGUUAUCGAAGACGGAUCCGCGACGCACCUACGGCAGAUUCGCCUACCUGGAGGGCCACGAGUACAGGAUGUACAACUCGUACGACGUCCACUUCUACGCUUCACACGCCCUACACAGGAACUGGCCCAACCUGCAGAAGUCGCUGCACUACGAUCUGAGGGAUUACGUCUUUUUGGAGCUCCCCGAUAAGGUCAAGAUGCUCUACGAUGGGGACGUUGCUGAGAGGAAGUACCCGGAUUCCGUACCGCACGACGCCGGGGACCCAGGCGAGGAGCCUUUCCAGCUGGUGAACGCCUACCCGAUCCACGACGUGAGCAACUGGCGAGAUUUGGGGCCCAAGUUUGUCCUGCAGACCUACCGGGACGCCUUCGAUACUUCCGAGGGACUGCCGGACCGCCAGUACGCGGAAGAUAUGUACAACGCCUGCUACACGGUCAUGCACAGGUGUUUUAAGUUUGACCUCGACAAGGAUGGGCUGAUAGAGAACAGCGGCGUGCCGGAUCAGACGUUCGAUACGUGGGUGAUGGAGGGGGCGAGCGCUUACUGCGGGGGACUCUGGAUGGCGGCCUGCGCCGCCAUGGUCGUCAUGUCGGAGCUGCUGUUCAAAACGGAGGAACGUGACUUCUUCGACGACCUGCUGACGAGGGGUAAAAAGUCGUACGAGGCCAAACUGUGGAACGGCCUCUACUACAACUACGACUGCUCCGCCAAGCAGUUCAACGCCAUAAUGGCGGACCAGCUGUGCGGGCAGUGGUACCUGAGGUGCAGCGGAAUAGAGGAUUACGUCAUCAUGCCGCAGGAGAACGUUAGGACCGCCCUGAAAACCAUAUACGAGAACAACGUGCUGUCGUUUUGCAACGGCAACAUGGGGGCGGUCAACGGUUUUAUAAACGGAGACGUCGACUAUAUCACUUUGCAGAGUCAGGAGAUGUGGACGGGGGUGACGUACGCCUUGGCAGCUACGAUGAUUCAGGAGGGCAUGUUGGAGGAGGCCUUCAGGACGGCGGGCGGGAUGUACAAGUCCAUGACGGAAACGUUCGGUCUGGCCUUCACCACCCCCGAGGCCCUGUACGCCCGUAAAUACUACCGGUCCAUCGGGUACAUGAGGCCUUUAAGUAUAUGGUCGAUGCAGAUCUCCCUCGAGCAGAGGAACAGGGCGAAACAAUAAGCGAUGUGUCGUUUUUCCCGUUUUCUUAUCGGAACUAGUUUGAUGAUGAUUUUGAAUUAAUUGGUGUUGUCGGAUAUCUUUUCCGUUGUGAUUUUAGUGGCAUUUAGUAUUAUUAUGAUGGUUUAUUAUGGGUGAUCGAUUGAUAAAAAAAAAUAUGAUGUGAUACGUUCAUUUGUAGCGAGGAUAACUAGAAAUCGUAAUAUCGCAAUUAAAAAAUUUAUAUUAAUCGAUCGUCACUGUAUUCUUGCUUUUUUCUAGGCUAAUUUGCACAAUUCCAAAAAUUAGUCGCUAAGGUUCUGUUUUUUCAUUUUGUAUUUUAUUUGUUAAUCUGGCAUUGAAUUUUAAAAUAAAAUCGAUCGGCACAUGUCGAGGAAUUCCAUUGUAAAA